AUGGGAAAAGUUUGCGUCGUAAACAGUUGCCAAAGUGGGCGUAAGACGAAAAAUGUUAUGAAGUCCGUAUCAUUUUUCCGACCAACGACUCCGGCACGAUUAGAAAAUUGGAAAAAGUCGCUAGGAAUUGCAUUAAAAGCAACUGAUUAUAUUUGUCAUCUUCAUUUUAAAGAAGAAAAUAUCAAUAUGUACGAAAAGUUUAAUAUUAAAGGAGAGCUCAAAUAUAUUCCUACACAAAGAAAAACGCUUAAGGAAGAAGCUUUGCCCACGAUGGAGCAUCAGUUUAUUCCCAUACCAGAAUUCCAAGCUAAUAUUAUUCAUGUACAGGAAUCUGUAGAAUUAUACCCCAAUCAAUCUAAGGAGAAGCAACAACAAAUCAAUGUCGAGCAACAGGAAUUAUCAGACGAUCAAAAAUCUUCUAAUGAUUUAAUGGAUUGUGAAAUGAUACAACAUGACUUUGCAGAACCAACCAGUCAAUAUCAGGAUACUGAUAUAACAAUAAACCCAAUAGAGAUUUUUAAAAUAAAGUUUCGGGCAUUUUCGUUGUUGCCGCCUUUUUGGCUACAUGCAGAAAAUCCAAAUGGGCUGGAAUUUAUGCGAAUGGAUCCAACAACUCAGCAGAUUAAACAUCACAUACGUUUAAACGAUGAUCUAUCAAUCACUGUCAUUUUUACUAAUAAAGAAGAAUUGCCAAUAAAGGAGAAAAUUAAUUCAUAUGACAACACCUAUGAUUACUUAAAAUCUGUUGAAAGAUGGCCUUUGUGCGUUGGCACUCAGAUUGACGACAAUAAGUAAUUUUAAUUUAUUUUUCUACUCCAGAAGUCCAGACCAGAACCACUUCAAUCUGCCUACGAAAUGACUGAUAGUGAUAUCUAACUCAACUUCAUUUGAACGCCUUCACCCGACCGCCGGCUACUUUCUAUCGGGAGCCGAAGUCGGGCCCGAUGAUACGUGCAAGGGAUAUUUUCCGUUACACGAAAUACCAGAACAUAUUUAACAAUGUAUUUCGUGAAACGGAAAACGACUUUUGCUCGGGCCCGUUCGCAAGUGUGGAUCUAAUUGGCCUUAAGGUCAUAAUAUUCAUAAUAAAACAGCUUUGCAGUAGUCUUAUUCAAACCAUAAUAUGAAUAAUAAUAAUAAUUCAGCCUAUAUACGUCCCACUACUGCGCACAGGCCUCCUCUCAAGCCCAAUGCGGGCUACACAUACACAUAAUGCGGGCACAGAUGUAGGUAUGCAGGUUUCCUCACGAU